AUGCUGAAAUUAAAACACAAGCAGCAAAAUACUUCAUAAAAAUACUAUUCUCGAAUCAUAAAGAGCUAUUAGCAAAACAAUGAAAAUUUUAGUCGCAAGAAUUAGGAUUUGCUUGCCCCUGAAUAAAUUGAAUUCGAUCAAGAGAACGAUUAUAGCGAGAAUCAAAAUAGGAAACUUAAAGGUAAAAAUGAUUCAGCUAUGAGUUUGACUAAGGAAAAAGAUAAUUAGAAUGAUGAGUAAUUUAGUCAGUACUUAAAAGAGCUGACUAUGGCACCAACAUAAUUCAAGAAACAUCAGAAAAAGAGAGCGAACUUGCAAAUAUUUGAAUAAAUCAAAUCUCAUAUUCAAAAAAGCAUUAAUAUAGAUCCAGAGCUAGUCAAUCCAGUUAUAAAGAAGAAUGCGCCCAUGAGUGAAUUUGCACUACUUAGGCAGGCUACUAUUAAAAAGAGUUUUGAAUUGAAUCCUUCUUAAUUAACUUAGUUAACACCUUAGAAACCAUCUUAACAAAAUCCUCUUCCUGCUUCAUAAUCGAUUGAUUAUGAGAAACUUGCAAAGCAAGUCAGAAGAUUAAGUCAUAUACAUUCGUUAAAACUUUUUAGAGAACAAAACAAAGAGAGAUCUGGCUCAAAGCAGAAGAUAAGACUUUCUAUCACUAAAAAUGUUAUCUAGGAAGAAGAUGAAGAUAACUAAAUAUUAGAUAAUGAAGAUGAAUACUCAGAUGACUAUCAAGGUCCAUAAAUAUCAAUUGCUCCACUUUCAAAGCAAAAAACUAUUUUGCUCAAACAUCCUUCAACGAUGGAAUACAAGUUUGUUACUAUUGAACCUAAAUCUCGUAGAGUUUAACUUAAAAGAGAAUUAAAAGAUUUAAGUUAAUAAAAAUUGAGAGAAUAUCAUUAGGCAAAGAAAAGACUAGAGGGAGUAGAUUAAGAAAAUGAUGAUGAUUAUUUAAGUGAUGGAGAUGUUUCUAAUAACUCAAGAACAAAUAGUAAAUAAGCAAAUAAUGAAGAAUUGAGUGGCAAGAUAAAAAAUAUAACAGAACUUGCAUAACUGAAAAGAUCUGCAACACUUUCUAAUUUAGACUAGUAGGACAAUUAAAAUCUUUUACCUAAGUCAUCAGCGGAGGAAUACUAUAAAAAUGGAAUAAAGGCUGGAGCAAAUGAAUAGCCAGAUUUUUCAUUCAUAUUUAGACUAACAUAGAAUUCAGCUGGUGGCUUUUAAAAUUUUGAGCAGAUUGAUCCACCUGACAUUGACAAAUAAUUAAUGAACCAAAAACAAAGAGAAAAGCCCUUUGAAAUAAAAGUUUAAAAAGUUCAUAAGAAAAAAGAGCCUGAAUAAAAUGCAAAUAGCAUUAAAUUUUCUUAAAACUUGAAGAAAAACUUGAUAUUAAAUUACUAGAAGCAAGUUUAAAAAGGAAAUCAGAAUGCUUAAUACAAUAGUAGCCAAUCUCCAAAUAAAUCAAAAAAUUCUGCUAAUCAUUCUCAUACUACUUUUAGCUCGUCAUCGAAUGAAGAAACCCUGAUUGAUUCAGAUAUGGAUGAUCAAUUAAAUAAAGAAGAUAAAAGGAAAAAAGUUCUAGAGGCAAUAUAGAGAUAAAAACUAGAACUUUUCGAUGAUUUAUUAGAGACACCAUCAUCUUCAUCAACAAACUUCUUUAAAGCAAGAAUGCUUAGUACAUAGGGAGGCUUAUUGAGUACCAAAAAUUAAAAUACUACUUCCCACUUUUUUCCUGAUACGGAUAAGCAGCAAGCUUUGGCGAGGAGUAGUUCCUAAUAAAAACUUCAUCACAAAGAUACUAAUGGAAUAGAUAAAAAAUAAUAUAGAAUAAAGUCUUACUAAGUUGAGAUGACCAGAAGUUAAUUUAAUGUCGCUAAUCUACCAUUCAUAAAAUAUGGUCCCGAAAUACUUUAAGAUAGAAACUACCAGUUCAAAAUUAUUAAAGAUGAAAUGAAAUUCGGAAACGAUCCUAAUAGAAUCGGAUUAAAAGAUUAUUCAAAGAUAUUGUAGCAGAAUGUUAAGGUUAAAAAUGAGACUGCAGCAUUCAAAGAUAACUAAACUCUAUUUAUUGAUUUGACUGAUAUGUAUAAGAAGUCAUUUGAUGCUUACUAUAUUAUGACUAAGAUGCUUGGUUUUUAAUCAAUCCAUUAUGAGGCUAAUUAAAAGCUUCAACAGUAUAUAUGCAGAGGUCGCUUAUCAUGUAAGGAACUUAUGGAAGAUUUCAGAACUUAAGAGACAUUACUCAAUAGAGAGUUUUAAAAAGAAAAGAUGUAUAUUGAAAGUAUGUUAAUGAGAGGAGAAGAUCUUUACAACUACAAAUACAGAAACAAAUUAGACUAGACUACAAUAAAAGCAGUGUAGAACAAAAAAGACAAGGAGACAUUUUCUUAUCAGUAUAUACACUAUUUUUUGGAGCAGUAGAGUCUUGCUUAUGCUAAAAAACUCAAGAAAAUCCAAUAAGAUUAUCAAAAUUAGCAACAUUUAUCUGAGAAGAGAAAAUAAGAAGAGGCAGAGAGAGAAAAACUUGAUAAGUAGCUAGAAGCGAAUCCCAACAUGUUCUUAGUAGAUCCUAAGUUUAUUGAGAUGAUGAAUAAUAAUAAGUCACCAAAGAAAAAAAAUAAGAAGAAGGGAACUAAAUCAUAAAUUAUCAAACCAGUUAGUUAGUUUGGAGAUUAAGUAUACAUUCCAGAGCCCCCAGUACUUAAAGGUAAAACUAAAUACAAAGUAGAAGCCAAAAUUUAGACAUAGCCUUAAUUCACAGGUAAAUAAGCACUAGAUUUAAAACUUCAAAUAAAAGAAGUGAUGAAAAAUCUAAGAAAUAUGGCAAACUAAAAGGCUUAGACUAAGGCAAAAGAUAAGGAUAAAAAAGAUUCAAGUUUUGACAGCAUGAGUGGCGUUGCAUUUUAAGGCCCUCCUGUGAGAGAAGCUGAAAACUAUAUUUCAAAUGAGACAAGAGAGUUUAUUCAGAAUACUAUAAAUAAGAAUAAGCUGAAGAGCGCAGGUUUUUUGCAUCCAGCUCAACUAGAGAAAAUGAUAUACCUAGAGAAUGAUGAUGAAGAGGUCAACAAAAUUCAAGUUCAAACUAUUAAAGGGAAAGAUAAUAAGACAUUAGAAGUUAUGCUCUUGCAUUCAAAAAGCGAACUUAAAGCAUUAAAGGAAGUUGAGAAAGCAGUAAGAAUAGGUUUGUAGAGUUGCAAAGAAACCAAGAAACUCUAAUCAAUGAGCUAGUCUUUGAGGGACAUCGUGAUGAUGACUAAUCCAAAGAGCUAUAAAAAGAUUAAAUCAAAAUAAUAGGAAGAUCAUAAUCAUUAAGACUAGGACGAAAGCUAGAUUAAAUCUUCAGUUGAUAACAAACCACCUUAAAGAAAUAUUCAUUUAUAUUUGAGAUCUAAGGAAAGAUAAGCCAAGAACCAAGAAAUUAAAACAAUCAACUAAUCGAAUGAGAUACUUUUAGAGAGAAUGUUUUCUAUUUUCACUAGGAAAAGACCAAGAUAGAAAGGAUUUGAUUGCAAUGGAAAGCCGUUUGUAAGAUCUGAGCAUGAUUUGAAAACUCUUAACUUUUAAAUAAGAAAGAACGAUAAUGAAAAAAUUACUAAUCAAAACUCCACAAUGCUUAUCAAGUUGUAGCAGGCAUAGCCUAGAAUAAUCAAUUAGAAUUAGUGGAAAUAGCAUUUGGAGAAUUACUCAUCAAUGAAAAGAAUGAUUAGGUAUUAUGGCACUAAUAGCAAUGAAAAGUAAAGCCUUAAUGGAGAAUAUUAAAAAAGAAAUAGUAAAAUUAUGAGCAGUUAUGGAUCAAGGCAAAGUGAUCUAAAUAAAUCAGCAUAUGCUACUCAUUCUCAAGGAAUGCUUGGUAGUUUCUACAAUGAUCCUCAAAAGACUCACUAAAACAGGUCAAGAUAUGGUCAUACUUUAUCUACAGCUAUCCCAAUGAAGAAAAGGGCCAUAUUUUCAUUUUAAAAUCGUAGUUUUUCCACUGAGGGAGGUUUAAAUACCUAAGACAACAUGUAUCUUGAUAGACCCUAAACAGCCUAUAUCAAUACUUUUAAGAAGGGAGGAAUAGAUAAUUAAAAUAACUAGACAGCUAGCAAUAAUUAUAUCAAUAGGACUCUGGAAUUCGCUGACAAUUAACCUCUUUAUGGCGAAGAUGAUGAUGAAAUUAAGGCAGCAACAAUAGAACUUAAAUGA